AUGAGCGUCUCGAGCGUCCUCAAGGCGGGAGGUAGGGUGCCCGGACGACUGGGGAGGUGGAGAUGUUUUCCAGUAUCAUUAGGGUCGUCCUUGUUCCAGGCCCUACAUAAUUCCUACUGUCGGAAAAAAUCCACUGCAUCCAAGAAAAUUAUUCCCAGUGUUGCUUUUGGUGACAAAAACACAAAGGAGUCUGGAAAUGCACUUGACAAGCUCUUCUCUUCAGAACAGCAGGCUUCCAUCUUGCAUGUGUUGAAUACAGCAUCUAAUAAAGAACUUGAAGCUUUUAAAUUGCUUCGUGGAAGAAAGUCCAACAAUAUUGUAGAGCACAGAGAAAAGUUUGGGCCAUUUCAGAAUUUGGAGAGUUUAAUGAAUGUGCCCUUGUUCCAGUAUAAAACUACAGUUCAAGUUUGUAACUCCAUUCUUUGUCCAGAGACGCAAAGGAAAAAAAGAAAAUCACCAGAAAACCGGCUCCUGAGGAAGCUCAUUAAACCAGAAAUAGAAAGAGAGAGACUUAAGGCAGUUAAUAGUAUCGUAUCCAUUGUUUUUGGUACUCGAAGAAUUGCCUGGGCUCACCUUGAUCGUAAAUUGGCAGUGCUGGACUGGCAGCAAAAUCAGUGUUGCCAGUUGAUGAAAGGAACAUACAUAUCAUCUGUCUAUUUAGAAGAGAUUUCUUCAGUCAUUUCAAAGAUGCCUAAAGCUGACUUCUAUGUUCUGGAAAAAACAGGACUUUCACUUCAGAACUCAACUCUGUUUCCUGUACUGUUACAUUUGCAUAUCAUGGAAGCCAUGCUGUAUGCCCUAUUAAAUACAACGUUUGCCCAGGGUGGCCAGCAUCAGGUGCUGAGCAUGAACCGAAAUGCAGUGGGGAAGCACUUUGAACUGAUGGUUGGUGACGCUCGGACUAGUGGAAAAGAACUAGUGAAGCAGUUCCUCUUGGAGUCUGUAUUGCAGGAAGAGCCUCGGGUGUUCUUUCCAUCAGAUAAGAUUGUCCAGUACAGACAGAUGUUUUUAUCUACUGAACAACACAGAAUAGAAGAGUUAUAUGAUUCAUUAUUACAAGCUGUUGCCUUCUAUGAAAUGGCAGUAUUUAACAAUGAACCUUAAAAUUCUGAUAAUAUGUAAUGUGAUGUUACAUUUAGUAGCUUUAAAGUUGUAAAAACCAACUUUUGACAUCCAUGUUAGUGGAAAAGAAAACUUUUGAAUGUAUUUAAUGUUUAAAGUCAGACUUUUGGCUGUUUAAUGGUUUACACAGUAAGCCAAAGCCAAAUC